GAUGAUUCUGGAGCCAUGUCAGAUAUUGAUGUUCCAACUGGAUUUACUCGUGGUGGAUUUCAAAGAUCUAGUUUGCCCAUAGUUCGCACCCCUUCGCUUUCACUGGAUAGAACAUUAGGUUUAGCAUUCCUAGUUUACGGAAAUGAAACCAAGAAAUGCUUAUUACCCAAUGAGAUUACAACGUUAGAUACAGUCCGAGCUUUGUUCGUUCAUCAUUUUCCAGAAAAACUAACAUUUGAUUUCUUGGAAUCACCUCGUCAGAAAAUCUACAUUCUUGACCCAAAAACCAAUAUAUUCUUUCAACUAGAUGAUCUCAGG